AUGAAGUUCAAUCUCANNGGUGGCCAUACAAAAGCAGCAAGCUAUCGCAGCUUCCUCGAACACGAAGCCGAACAUGGUCUUGAAGAUGCCAUCAAGAUUGCUCGUCUUGAGUACGCGAACAUUAGAGAAACCCAUGCCUUGGCCCGAGAUCUUGGUAUUGACUGUGCGUCUACACCAUGCGAUACUGUAGACAUCAUAUAUGACGCGAAAGCCCUCGCACGAGGCAAAGAAGCCAUUGCUAGGAUGCAGNAGACCAUGGGUCACGAUGACCCAGCAGCAAAGUACAAGAUCUUAUCAGCAGAGGAGGCAAAAGUAAAGUACCAUACUCCUGAUGCUCUAGGAGCAUUUGUGUAUGAAGCGGGCAGUAUCAGUGCAUACCGCUUCACCAUAGGACUGCUAAAGCACUGUCUUGAGAGGUGUGUGGAUCUGCAAACCAACACUCCAGUCAAAGGCGUUGUGCCAGCGAACAACAUCAACCCAGAGGGACCAAGAUGGACAGUGACGACAUCAAGAGGCAACGUCAAGGCAGCCAAUGUAAUCUUAGCGACCAACGGCUAUACUGCGCAUCUCUUACCGAAGAUGCAGGGCAUAAUUGUUCCUCUGCGCGGACAGAUCACAGCACAAAGACCGGGAUCCAAGUUGCCGGGCUUGGAUACGACCUACUCUUUCAUCUAUGCUCAAGGGUACGAGUACAUGAUUACCCGACCGCCAGGCACUUCGGAUGCCGGUACUAUAGUCAUUGGUGGUGGAUUGGGAAGACUAUCCAAUGCUGGUGCACCCGAAUAUGGAAACAUUCUUGAUACAAACUUGAAUGCGGAGAUCUCGACCUACCUUUACAACUGCACAGCAGGCUACUUUGGCGACAACUGGGGCGAAGAUGCAAAGGAAGGAAGACUGGUCAAGGAAUGGUCAGGAGUGAUGGGCACGAGUGCAGAUGGGUUGCCGUAUGUCGGAGCAGUACCCGAGAUGCCAGGCGUGUUUCUAUGUGCCAGCUUCAACGGUCAUGGCAUGGUCAUGUGUCUCAAAUCUGCAGAGGCGCUGGUCGAUAUGAUGGAAGAUGACAAAGAUGUAAAGUGGUUUCCAAAGGCGCUUGUGGUAACUGCUAAGAGAUUCGAGACGAAGUUUCAGNGGAGGCUGGACAUGCGUGCGCCUGGCGAGGCUCUGUUCGAUCGAUUGAGUGUAGACAGGUGA